GUCCCACAAUAUUUAAUUCGGUUAGUCGAGUUCACGAGGGCUUACAAAAGAUAACAAGUUCUGCAACUAAUUUGGUUAGUCUGGUUCGCAAGAGGAUUGUUCAUCGCAAGUGGGUGUAAGCAAAUUAUUCCAAUAAGCAAAAAUUUCGAAGAAAAUCUUGGAUUGCACCUAGGAAAAAGUAGAGGUGUUAUCGCCGCUGUUAAAGUCAUGUAUCAGAUCUUCGUCAAGGGUUUGGACGGAAAGACAAAAUGCUUGCAGAUAUCAACGCCGAAUUUGAGAGUUUCAGAUCUGAAGAAGAAGAUCUUUGAGUCGGUAAAUAUCCCACAUCAUUUCCAAUUGCUAGUUUCGGGCACCCGACAGAUUGCUGAAGAUACCCUUCUGGUCGCGGCCGAUGAUGGAUUUUAUCCGCCAAUUAAUGUGCUUUUGAGGCUCAGGGGUGGGAAAGGAGGGUUCGGAUCUUUGCUUCGCGGGGCGGCGACAAAAGCUGGCCAGAAGAAGACCAGCAAUUUCGAUGCCUGCAGAGACAUGAGCGGGAGGCGGCUGAGGCACGUCAAUGCCGAAAAGAAGUUGGAGGAAUGGAAGGCCGAGGCCCAAGAACGGCAACUGGAGAAGGUGGCGGAGGAGUAUUUGAAGAAGCAGGUCAAGAAGGGAAAGGGGAAGAAGGGGGGGAAGGAGAUCGAUGAGGGGGCCGUCGACGUAGAGAAAUAUAGGUCUGAGGCCGAGAGGGCUAUGGUGGGUGUGGAGUCGGCUGUCAAGGAUGGCCUCUUGGAGGCGCUGAGGGUUCGGCAAAAGGGAAAGAGGAAGAUAAUUGAGGUUUCUAUGUCGGUGACGACAAAACGAUCUAAAUUGUGGAUGCUUGAGGAGGAUGAAGAUGAAGAUAAAGAUGGGGAAGUUGAUGAAGAAAUAGAAGAGUGGAAACAAGAGGCUUGUUUGAUGAAGGUAAAUGAAGAAAGUGGGAGCAGCCAUACAAGUAAUGCAGUGUCAGCAUCAGAUAGUGGAAUUGCAUCUGUUUUGAGCAAUGGAAAGUCAGAAACUGUUUCUUGUGAUGAUGUUUCCCCCCAGCAAAUUUGCAACGCUACCUCAAUUAAUGACAAUUGUUGUGAUGAUAGAGAAGCUGAUGUAGAGCCCAAGAAAUAUGAGUCCAUUUCCUUUUCAGGAGAGAAUUGUAGUAGUCCUGGUGGAAGAGAAAAUAGUAUUGAAUCGAAGGAAGAGAUGCCUUUUCCUCUGAAUUUGAGGGAAGAGCAGAAUAUAACUUGCCUGAAUUCUGAUAGAGAACCUAAUGUUGAGUUGAAGAUGGAGAAUACCAAAUCCUCCUUGGGAGAGGAUGAUAAUAGCUGCGACGACAAAGAAGCCACUUCUGGAUCCACUGCCAUCAUAACUGAUGAAUGUGGAGAGAAAGGCAGCAUUUAUGCUAGCAAUGAUAGCAUUGGAGAAUCACUUGAAUUUGAUGAAUUCAACACACCUAAGGAUAUUGAGAGGUUGGGUCUUGAAAGGCUAAAGAAUGAAUUGCAAUCUCGUGGUUUGAAAUGUGGUGGUAGCCUUUCUGAGCGUGCAGCAAGAUUAUUUCUUCUCAAGACAACACCUUUGGAGAAACUUCACAAAAAGCAUUUUGCAAAGGCAAAGGAUGUAGGGAGAUAAGCUGGAAGUUCAUAUAAAUGACCACAAUUUAAAUGCUUUCCCAUUGGCUGUUGUAUCAUAUUUUCCAUACAAAAUCUUAUUUUAAAGAAUUUGAAACUCUAAUAUUGCAUUUAAAACAGGCUGUUAGAUAUUCAUUGUGUAUUGAAUAAAUAAACACCGGACAGUGUAUUAGGUUUGUGAGAUGUACAAAAUAUAUUGUGGAAUUUACUGA